AAAGUUAAAUUAAAAUAAAUCAGAAGGAUUUCACUCUGGUAUCCCUUUUGGGAGGUUGCUUGCCUUUUACAAAAGAAGCGCCAAAGGAAUUGGAUCCACAGACAGAAGUGGAAAACGCAAAUAACUGUCCUCUAGUUUAGUCUAUGCCUUCACUUACGCUAAGAUUUAGUUUUUCUGGUUUCCCACGUUCACGUUGCUGCUCCACUCCCACUCCCAAACUCUCUUCUUUCACCUCUUUUCAGACUGAAGUUAAUUUUAGAUCAAUCAUGGAUCGGCUAACCAGUGCUGCACGUCUCAUGAUAGUCUCAGAUCUUGACCAUACCAUGGUCGAUCAUCAUGAUCCUGAGAACCUUUCUCUGCUUAGGUUUAAUGCUUUAUGGGAGGCCAAUUAUCGUGAAAACUCCUUGUUAGUGUUCUCAACUGGGAGAUCACCUACCCUUUACAAGGAGUUGAGAAAAGAGAAGCCCAUGCUAACCCCAGAUAUUACCAUUAUGUCCGUGGGGACUGAAAUAGCUUAUGGUAACUCUAUGGAGCCAGAUGAUGGUUGGGAAGCUUUUUUAAAUAAUAAGUGGGAUCGGAAAAUAGUGACAAAAGAGACGAGCAAAUUUCCUGAACUCACCCUUCAGUCAGAAACAGAGCAGCGACCUCACAAGGUCAGUUUCUAUGUUCAGAAAGACAAGGCUCAAGAUUUAACAAGAACACUUUCCAAGCGCUUGGAAGAAUGUGGGUUGGAUAUCAAAAUAAUUUAUAGCGGAGGGAUGGAUUUGGACAUUUUGCCACAAGGUGCUGGCAAAGGACAAGCACUUGCAUAUUUGCUUAAGAAAUUAAAGGGCGAGGGCAAGUUGCCAAACAACACGCUUGCCUGUGGUGACUCUGGAAAUGAUGCUGAGCUUUUCAGUAUCCCAGAUGUUUAUGGUGUGAUGGUAGCAAACGCACAGGAGGAGUUAUUACAAUGGCGUGCUGCAAAUGCAAAAGAUAAUCCAAAAGUAAUUCAUGCAACAGAGAGAUGUGCCGCGGGUAUAAUACAAGCAAUUGGGCAUUUCAACCUGGGACCAAAUACCUCUCCUAGAGAUGUUACAGAUAUGUCAGACUGCAAGAUGGAGAAUUUUGUUCCUGCUUAUGAAGUCGUCAAAUUUUACUUGUUUUUCGAGAAAUGGAGGCGUGGAGAAAUUGAGAAUUCUGACCUUUCUUUGUCAAACCUGAAAGCAGUUUGUAGACCAUCUGGUACUUUUGUGCACCCAUCUGGAGUUGAGAAAUCUCUUGAGGACUGCAUAAAUACAUUGAGAACGUGUCACGGUGACAAACAGGGUAAACAAUUUCGUAUUUGGGUUGAUCAAGUCUUACCUACACAGGUUGGUUCAGACUCAUGGUUAGUGAGUUUCAAGAAAUGGGACCUUUCUGGCGAAGAGCGACAAUGUUGCAUAACUACUGUCUUGUUAAGUUCAAAGAAUGUGACGGUCGCGGAUGGGCUCACUUGGACACAUGUGCAUCAGACUUGGCUGCAAGGAGCAGCAGCAAGUGGCUCUGCGACCUGGUUGUUUUGAAAUUGUCAUCAGAUGACCAGCCCGACUGAAUAAGCACAAAAUCAUAUUUUAGCUAUAAGCAUCGAUAGGCCCCCUAAAUACCUCUGUUUGCGGCCCUCUCUGUUUCUUACCCUGCUUGUUGUCAUUCUUCCUUGAUGAUGAAUGUAUUACCAUCUAAAUCCAUGAAGAUGGUUAAUCAUUUAGGUAAUAAUUAGUGUUAUCCUUUUUGACAAUUGUAGCUGUCAAGUAACUAAGAGAGUCACAAAUAAUAAGCGCCUCUGUACAUCGUGAUAUUUCAAUUUGGAUUGCAACAUGAAUAUAAGUUCUUACUUGAAAAGAAA